AUGCUGAAUAAUCUGCCGGUGAGGUUGCAGUUUGAGCUGCUACAGGAGCGGAUCAUUUCUGACAGGCUGGGCACCCCCAUAGACUAUACGCUCUUCGCUCACAGCAUGACACCAGAUCAGAUCGAGGCACACAAACGUGUUCACUGGGAGGACAAUCGCAUCAGGCCAUACGACAUCGCAAGACGCGCGGAAAAGCGAAGGCAGGCAAAAAAUAUUGGCUUAGCUGCCAGGGCACCAAGCCCGCCGGCAAAGAAACGGGGAAUGGGCAACAACUGGCCGCCAACACCGCCACCAGCUGGUGGCUGUGCCCCUAUGCAGCAUUAUCCGCAGCCGAUCGGCAGAAAGAAGCGUGCGAUUGGCGCAAAAGCCGGACAAUUUGGAUGCAAUCUACAGGUUAAGGACCUGGUCGGGCUGCCCGCGGACCGAAAGCUUCGUGGAGUUGUCGUCGUUUUUGGGCUUUCUGGCGUCGACAGGGGCGACGAGUUCGGACGUCUCGCCGUCGUCGUCGUCGCGUGGGAUGGAGCUGAAAAAGCU